AUGGCCCCGCACCCUGAACCUCAAGCCGCCAUCUUCUACACGAAGACCGACUUCUCCGGCACCCCCAACGCCUACAAGGUCGGUGACGAGAUUACACUCCCCGGCGAGCUCAACGACAAGUUUCAGUCGGUUGAGGUGGGCGUCAACGCCAAGGUCAUUGCCUGGCAGCACUAUGACGGGUCAGGCAUCUACAAGGAGUGGGAGGGCCAGCAGCCCGAUAUCACCUCCAUCCAAGGCCUCACCCGCUUCAAGGUCGUGCCGGCCAACACGCGGGCCAUCGCUUUUGCCUUCCAGGACGCGACGGGCGGCAAGCCGCUCCAGUACACGCUCAAGGUCGACGCCGCUGACGUCGGCGCCGUCAAGCUGUUCUCCAAAGACGCGGCGGCGGCGGCAGAGGGCAACGAGUACCGCCUUGUCGGACUCAUGCCCGAGGGGGGGCUGCCGGUGACCACGGCGGUGUAUGUGAGGAAUGAGGCUGAUGGGGGGUAUGUAGCUGUGGGAUCUGUUUACUUUCAGUGGGAUGAGAAGGACGGCCAGAUGCACAUUGUGCAGGACGACAACUGGCCCAAGCAGCUCAAGCAAGAGCAGACCGGGCCGAGUGCCUUCUUGGUUACGUUGGUGGAUGCCACCCCGUCGUCCUAG